AUGCAGGGUCCAAGCUUCCUCAUCGGCCUCUUCCUCCUCCUCGGUCUUUCUCUCCUGCAGGACACCAGCGUCGACGCACACUCCUGGCUUGACUGCUCCAACAUGCUCCCCUCCGGAAAAUGCGCCGGCUACCCUAUCGGAUAUCCCACCCGCGCCAACCCCGACAUCAACACCCUCUACACCUAUCUCAUCUCCGGCCGCCCACCCACGGCCCCUGUCUGCCAACCCGGCCGUCAGAGCAUCUUCCCUGGCAAAAACCCCAAGACCCUACCUCCCGCAUCCGCCGUACCUGGUCAAAAGCUUCACUUGACCUGGGAGGCCAACGGCCAUCUGAACAACGUAGCCUCACCCUCUCAGUUCAGGACCAAGGUAUCUGUCUACUGGAAGGGUGUACCCAACAAAGUCAUCAAGACGCGUUCGGAGCUGUCGAAGCCCUCACUGCUGCUCAAGACCAUGGAUUUCGCGACCCCACAGAACUGCGACAACCCCGCGAACCCGAACACGGUUUGUCACGGGUACGUGACCAUCCCGAAGGGAACCCAGCCGGGCAAGUACCAGAUGGUCUGGUACUGGCGAUUUGAUCAAAACCCUGUCGGUGAGGAGUACUCGACUUGCUUUGAGGUCGAUGUCAAGGCUCCAAAGCCCGCCAAGCGCGCUAACAAGCGAAGACUUUUGUUGGAUUAA